AGGAAUUGCUUCCCAGCAACAACGUCAUCAACAGCGUCACCCUCAGGGACGCCAUCGCCUCCGUCGCCGACACCCUGGGCGUUCCCUUGCCCCAAAAGAUCCGCUUCUUCAGGUCCCAGAUGCAGACCAUCAUUACCAAGGCCUGCGGCGAACUCGGCGUCAAACCCGUCCCCAGCAAGCGGUGUGUGUCCCUGCUGCUGUGGCUGGAAGAACGAUAUCAAACGGUAUACACACGUCACCCUGGCUUUCAACGGGGGUCUAAGCCGCUCCUCGCCCUGGAUAACCCCUUCCCAACCGAACUUCCUGAAAACCUUUUCGGCGAGAAAUGGGCUUUCGUUCAGCUGCCUUUCUCAGUUGUGCAGGAGGAAGCCUCAUCAUUUAAAACAAGAUAUGCCUUUGGUGGGAGCCUCGAUUUAGAUCUUCUUGGCAUUGAAAUUGAAGAUAACACUUUAAUCCCUGGCCUUGCGGUUGCAUCAUCACGUGCUAAACCAUUGGCAGCUUGGAUGAACGGUUUGGAGGUCUGUUCUGUUGAAGUAGAUGUGAACCGGGCUUCCUUGAUUCUAUCGGUUGGAGUGUCUACCAGGUAUAUCUAUGCUACCUACAAGAAAAAUGCAGCAACAACACUGGAGGCUGAAGCCUGGGAAGCUGCAAAGAAGACGUGUGGAGGUUUGCAUUUUCUUGCUAUCCAAGAAAGUUUAGAGUCGGAUGAUUGUGUUGGGUUUUGGAUUUUAUUGGACUUGCCCCCACCACCUGUAUAAUUUAUUUAUGUAUGUUAUUCCGACAUCCAUGAAUAUAUUUACCGCAACAGAAAUUUGCUUCGAUGUUACUCACAACAUAAUCAAAAGGACUUCUGUCAAGGCCAA